AUGGAACAACAAUUCGACGAUUUUGUCUUCAUUACCCAUGAGGACGCCGAAUUCGCUCAGUCUGAGCCGGGUUAUCUCAGCGAUAUUAGUGAAUUCAUCGACAGCAUUGCAGAUGACUUGUGGCCAGUCAACAAGAAGAUACAUGAUAACCCAGAGCUUGGCUAUGAAGAAUUCAUUGCUCAUGAAACACUGACAAAAUUCAUGGCCAGUAGGCCAGGAUGGAAGGUGACGCCAUCUGCCUAUGGUUUAGCUACAGCUUGGGUUGCUGUAUUUGAUAGCGGGAGGAAGGGUCCAGUUGUAUCCUUCAACGUUGAAAUGGACGCGUUGGAUGGCAUUGGACAUGCGUGUGGUCACAACCUCAUUGCUACCGCAUCUGUAGCAGGUGGAUUAGCGACAGCUAAAAUGAUAGAGAAACAUCAAUUGAGUGGGAAAGUUGUCGUGUUCGGAACUCCCGCGGAAGAAGGAGGUGGUGGCAAGAUCAAGCUGUUGGAAGCCGGGGCUUAUCGAGAUUACAAGGUCGAUAUCAACUUGAUAUCUCAUCCUGGUAUUACCAAGGACACUGCCCUAAUGCGGACAUCUGCGUAUACCGCAUUCAAGGUCGAAUAUUUCGGCCGCGAGGCUCACGCAGCAGCUAGUCCCUGGCUUGGCAUCAACGCUCUUGACGCGUUGAUCACAUCUUACAAUGCAUUAUCCGUACUCCGUCAGCAAACAAUGCCUGGUGAUGUCAUCCAGGGGAAUAUUACAGAUGGUGGGGUACGGCCGAAUGUGAUCCAUGCAUAUACGGCCGGUAAUUUCGUAACCCGCGCAAACACGCAAGGGAGGGUGGAGGAACUGAAGAAGAAAGUUGAUGCUUGCUUUGAAGCUGGAGCGACAGCAACAGGUGCCAGGCUUCAGAUGACUCAUGUGCAAUCUUACGCCGACCACGUCCCCAACCGGGUGCUAGGUGCUUCCUAUCGAAAGUAUUUUAAUGCACUUUCGCCUCCGCAGCCUAUUCCGGGGAACGACAGCGUGGAUGAGGCUGAAGGCCGAACAAUGGCUAGUACGGACCAAGGCGAUAUAAGUUACGCUAUGCCUAGCUUGAGUGCAGGGUUUGCGAUUCCACCGGGACCGGGAGGGAACGGUCCUCAUAAUCCGGAAUUUGCCAAGGCGGCCGGAACAAGGGUUGCAUUUGAGCGAUGUCUGCGUGUAGGUAAGGCGCUUGCAGGUACUGCUGUAGACGUCUUAACGCAGGAUGGUCUCCUAGAAGAAGUAAAGAAGGCGUGGAAAAGAGAGAUUAAAGGAAACUAA